AUGGAUCCAGACUCUUUAGCAACCACAACCACCAAUGCACCUGGGAAGGUCGCAUUUGGCUAUGGAGGCUCAUCAUCUUCAAUAAGGUCAUAUGGUGCUCCCAAGGGUGUGGAGAACAUCUCGAUCAAGAGGAAUUUGGGGAUGCCUCAGAAAGAAAGCUUGAACUAUGAUGAAUGUUCGACAAAUGCUGCUGUAGAGCUUGGUCUAAUGGAAGGCAACAUGGAGAGAACUAUGUUGUUCCUUCAAUUACCUGCAAGCAUGCCUCUGAUAAAGCAAUUACCUAAUACAGCAGGCAGUGAGAUGGCAGACGGUUCUAAGCCAACAAAGAGUGGAGAACUCUCGCAGGACGCCUGUAGUUUGCCAGCAGGAUUCAUGGGUAAAAUUUUAUUUUACAGGAGUGGUGCUGUCAAGCUGAAGCUUGAUGAUAACCUUUGUGAUGUUUCGGUAGGUUUGGAUUGUGCAUUUGCACAAGAUGUUGUUGCCGUUAACAUUGAAGAAAGGCAUUGUUGUACUCUGGGGGAACUUAACAAGCGUGUCUUGAUAACCCCAAAUAUGGACUCCAUGUUAGAUGGAAUGGCUGACUUGUAG